CUCCCCUCCCCCCCCAUGCAGCCCCCGGCGGCCGGGUCGCCCCUCGUCCGCUUCGGCCACUGUGGGAAGGCCAUCUACUGCUUUAGCGUGCCCCGCUCCUGCCCGCUCUGCGGGCUUGGGGUCGGCUCGCCGAAGCUGGAGGACGCGCCCACGAGCAUCUCCAGCCCCUUCGCCGACGGGCACCGCCAGAGAUGCGCCUUCCUUCUGAGACCCACCGAAGGGACGUUUCUUAGGGACUACAAUGGAAGCUCAGACCUUCACGUUGGAAUCACCAGUACGAACGGAAUUGUGUACAAUUACAAUGAAAAAGGAGUUUGCAGAGACGGCACGGGGUGGGAACAGAGCGUGAGCGUCCCUCUGGUACAGCCGGAUCUGUACGGACUGCUGGACCGCUGGAAUGGGUACCUGGAGGAAUUCUCGGCUACAGAUGACUGGUUGGCAGACAGGUUGCUGCCACCAGGAGCUGCUCUUGGGUGGACCAUCCCCGGGGACCAGAAGCAACGGUUCAGGAGGGAUACACUCAGCCCCUGGGGCUGUGGCACUGAGACCCGGCCGGGGCAAAAAAUGCCGACUCCCCACGGACCGACUCACGACUCCAGCGUCGCUGUCAGGAGCCUGGGACUUGGAGGCCAGGGAUCGGGGUUCUGGUGUCAGCUCCGCAGCUGACUGCCAGUCACCUAACCUCUCUGGAGGAAGAGUGGGGAUGAGACUCCCGCUCUUCCUCCCUCCUCGGCCGGGAGCCCCGGGGUGGGGGCAGAAUGGGCCCUAGCAUUCGGCCCGGGAUGAUACUGGGCUUCACUCAGCACUUACUAAGAGAUGAGAAGUUGGCCAAUGAAGAGCUGCUGGAAACCUGCCAAUCCCAAGGGUCUCGCGUGAAGACCCCUAGUCCCUGCCCAGAGGCCAGACCACAGCCAGCCGGCUAAAGCCCCCCGGCGCAGACUCCCCAUUACAUACGGAGAU